CCUAAAUUAAGGGUUUAUUAAACAAGUAGAUGGUCUCUUCCCGAGACCGAGAGUGAGUCACUGCUUGUUACUCUUUCUCUCAAAAAUGGGAAAUGUGAACGCUAAUCCUUCCGAACAAGAUGAACCACCUUUUUCCCCCACCGCGCCGGUGAACGGAGAUUUAACCGAUAACGCCAUGAUGACUCACUCUCCUCCCACAACCCCUAGAGCCACUCAUUCUCCACUCAUCUUCACUCCUCAAGUUCCUGUUGUUCCUUUACAAAGACCUGACGAGAUGCAUCACACUCAUUCAUGGACUCAAACUACUUCUGGUUAUGAAGAUAUUUACACUCAACACACUAUUCCAACUUUGAUUACUUGGAAUUAUGGUGGUAAACAUGUUUCUGUUGAGGGAUCUUGGGAUAAUUGGAAAUCAAGAACUCCAUUGCAGAGAUCAGGUAAAGACUUCACAAUAUUGAAGGUACUUCCCUCUGGUGUUUACCAGUAUAGAUUUGUUGUUGAUGGAAGAUGCAGUUACGCUCCGGAUUUGCCUUGGGAACGAGAUGAAGCUGGGAAUUCGUACAAUGUCUUGGACUUGCAGGAUUAUGUUCCUGAAGACAUUGGAAGCAUUUCUGGUUUUGAACCUCCUCAAUCACCAACCUCAAGUUACGAUAAUUCACAACUUAGUUCUGAAGAUUACGCGAAGGAACCACCAUUAGUUCCUCCCCACUUUGCAACUACCCUGCUAAAUGUGCGGACAACAAACAUGGACAUCCAACCUCCUAUGCCAAGACCUCAACAUGGAGUGCUCAAUCAUCUUUACAUGCAGAAAGAAAAGAGUAGUAACUCAGUGGUUGCCCUUGGUACAACACAUCGUUAUCUGGCCAAAUAUGUCACUGUGGUGCUUUACAAGUCUUUGCAGACGUAAAUCAUUCACACAAUGAGAUGGGCCACCGUCAUUAACAUCAAGACCACUACAAUAAAGUCAAGAUUGUACGGGUAUAAUGCAAUUGUUCAACGGGCAUUUAUCAGAUAAUUUAUUUUCGAUUCUUACAUAUUUGAUGAUAUACUUUUGUCAAGAAAUUUUGAUUGAGUGAUCAAAAGGAUAAAAUAAUUCCCGUGUUCUUCUCAUCACUGAUAGAUGGAACAACACUUAGGCGAUUAAGCUAUUUUGCGGUUCAUGUCCACCAAAUUUUCAUUUUCAUCUUUAGCGUCUCCGUCAUCUCUGUGGUUGGGUAUGGUUUUCAUCACUUAUUAGAGAUUUUGUGAUCAUUAUCCUGUAAUUUAACUUUUGCUAGUAUAAAGAAGUCUUUUGAUCUUGUUGGGAGAAAGAGUUUUAUAAAGAAACUGUGUACAUAGUUUUACA